AUGUCUCCACUAUCAAUUCUAAAAGGAGAAAUCAAUCGUCUUGGGUUUGUUUCAGGCGAAAAAAUAAGUUUACUUUCUCACUUUACCGAAAAUGUGGAAAAAAUUGCUGUUGCAGUAUCUUGUCUUGAUGAUUUUGAUACAGAUGAAGAUAAACGUACUUAUUUGAGAUAUCUAAUCUCUCCAUCCGAGCUUCUCACAGAACAAGAACUUUUCCGAACAGUUCUUCCUUUACCUAUAUUACACCCAAAUACGACAACUACUAAUGCUCUCUCUUCAUCGCGAAAAGUACCUAAUGAUCCAUUAAAAUCAUGGGAUUUUCUUACCUAUGAUUUUAAUGCAUCAUUGAAUCUUAAUUCAAAUAUCCGUAAAUAUAACAGGCCUAAAAAUAUAGAAAGCGUUUCAGCUAGUGAAAAUACAACGGUUGAUUGGUUUUUAAGAACUAUGGAAGUUUUUAAUGAGCAAAGAUUAAUUGAUCUAGUGAGACCAGAAAAAUGGUGUAGGUGCGAAUUUUUUCGGCAAACUGUAAAAGGUCAUCCCGGUUUCAUACGUUGUAGCGCUGAAAAUACACAACAGCUUUUGAGAUGUGAAUUUACUCGGUUACUCGCAGUAGCGGAAGUGAAACCUGAAUGGCUAAUUAGAUCGUUGUUGGGGGAGGAGGAGUUGUAUAUGGCUUACAACACAGCGGUAACAGCGGUAGAUGAUAGCACAGAUGUGCAUACUAAAUACCAAAAAAUCAUUAGAAUCGUUCGACAAAUGUUUGGAUAUAUGGUCAUUAAUGACAUGCGAUUUGGCUUGCUUACCUCAUACGUCCGAACAUGGUUUUUCUGCCGUCAACCUGAAGAUCCAAACAAUCUCUACAUUUCUCCUGCAGUUUUCACCGAUCAGAACCAUACGUCUGUUCGGGCCUCAUUCUUGGAAUGUAUGCAUUAUUUCGAAAAUCUAUCUACAAAUAGCCCAAAUAACGUGUCAAGAAGAGGAAAACAACUUAAAUAUAUGAAAAAUUAUAAACGUAAUCAGUUCUCCUUUGGUGAUGUGUUGGGAAGUGGUCGAUCCGGGACUGUUUUUACAGCAAAGCUUUUCGGAAAAACUGGUGCUCUUAAAAUAGUCGAUCUAUAUAAAAAUGAGAGUUUACUAAAGGAAAUGCUUAAUGAAAUCGAAAUCUAUCGCGGACCCCUCAAAGAAAUUCAGGGCAUUUACAUACCAAAGCUUUUGAAAUUCGGAGUUCUUCACGAAGCUUUUGUUUUUAUUUUUACAUCUUUUGCGGAGCUAGGAAAUAAGCUCACAAAAAAGGAGAAGCAAUUGGCUAUUGAGGGUUUACAGGCAAUACACAUAAGAGGGAUAAUGCAUGGAGACGUUAGGUUGGAAAAUAUAAUGGCGAAAGAGAAUAAAUUAACGGGUAAAAAUUGUGUGUGGUGGAUUGAUUUUGCGUUGAGUAAAAUAGGGAAUGUAAAAGAACUGGAUAGGGAGUUGUUUGAGUUGAAACGACUGCUUGGUAUUAGCAUUGAAAAUUCUUGA